AUGAUGCUCUCCUGCUGGUUUCUCCUGCUGCUCUUCACCGGAGCGGCUCAUGGAGCCUUCAUGGUCAUCAAGCGUCCCAAAGGAAACAGCCGGCCCCCGAAGGUCCCUGCUGCGGUGGGACCCCCAAGACCAGACGCAGGAUCAGGCCUCGGAGAGGACCCAUUGAUGGACUUAGGUUUUGGCGUGGCGGACCCCCAGUGGCCCGACCCCUGCUCGUACGAGGCCCUGGCUGGGGCCCUGCAGCUGAAGACCUCAGAGAAGUUCCAGAUGUUUAGACCCGUGAAGAACAUCUCUGCUCCUGUCCUCAUCUACCUGGAGGUGGUUCUGUAUGCCAUACUGGACGUGAGCUGUGUUAAUGAGCACAUGGUGUGGAGCCCAGAGGAUCACUGCGGCAUCAACAAGAUCUCCCUCCCCACAGAGCUGCUGUGGAGGCCAGACAUCACCAUCGAGGAGCUCACGGAGAAAGGCUCCUCCCCCCCCUCCCCCUACAUGGUGGCGUACUCCGAUGGUUUGGUGGAGCUGGUGUCGGACCACAUCAUCACCAGCUCCUGCAAGAUGCACGUCUACAAGUUCCCCUUCGACUCCCAGAGUUGCAACCUCACCUUCAAGUCUGCCAUCUAUUCAGUGGAGGAGCUGAACCUGGUUGUGGUCUUGGACUCGGAGAAGGUCUCCGCUUGGACUCGAGAGAAGAUGAGGACUCAAUACGAGUGGCUGUUUGUGGACAUCACCAUCAGGAACGACACCGUGACCAGCUUUGAGAGGAACCAGGACAUCAUUGUGUACACGAUCACCAUGAAGCGUCGCUCGGUCCUCUACAUCGUGAACUUCCUGCUCCCUGUGGUCUUCUUCCUGAUCCUGGACUUGGCCUCGUUCCUGAUGUCGGACACUGGGGGAGAGAAGCUGGGAUUUAAGAUCACCAUCCUCCUGGCAGUGACUGUGAUGCAGCUGCUGCUCAACGACAUCCUGCCCUCCUCCUCCAAUCGCAUCCCCCUCAUCGCUGUGUACUGUAUCGGUAUCUUCUCGCUGAUGCUCCUCAGUCUCAUGCAGAGCAUCCUGGUGGUUUAUCUCAUCAACAAAGACUCACCGGAACCAGAAGCAGACGCUUUACAAACUUCAGCUGUGAAGAGCGAAUAUUCCCUCACAGGAGACUUGGACAAUAAGACUGACGUUGCCUCCGAACUGGACACGCCACCGCAGUGA